GGAAUUCGCCAAAUUCCCAGCAUUUCCGGGGCCCAGAUGCAUGCAAGGGAACCACGGCAUCAAUCAGCUCGGGCGAAACCUUACGCAACUCGCAGUGCCGCGCCUCUCUCGGUCUACCCGCUCCUCCGCCUUUCGUUGCCCCGCUUCUAUCCUCUCCUUGCCUCUCCCGCGCCCACCACCUGUUCGACCCAACUCCCUCCAUCCGCCGCCCGCCGCACCUGACCCUCCCAAUGGCGGCGGCCACUGCGUCCGUGGCGUCCACGUCCACAUCCUCGGUCCUUCUCAUCCGCCGCCUCCCCUCUCCGGCGCCCGCGUCCACCUUCGCCCGCCGCCUCGGCCCGCCGCCGCCCCGCCGCGCGCGCCGCCUCCUCCAGGUCGCCCUCACCAGCGAGGUGUCCUCGGACGACGUGGCCGCCGAGGAGGCCGCGGCCGCGCCCAAGAUCGGCAGGCGGGUGCGCGUCACGGCGCCGCUCCGCGUCUACCACGUCGUCAAGGCGCCCGACCUGGACAUCCAGGGCAUGGAGGGUGUCGUCAAGCAGUACGUGGGCGUCUGGAAGGGCAAGCGCAUCACGGCCAACCUCCCCUUCAAGGUCGAGUUCCACCUCUCCGUCGAGGGCCAGACGAAGCCCGUCCGGUUCUUCGUCCACCUCCGCGAGGACGAGUUUGAGUUCGUCGGCGAGGAAUGAGGAGUGCGUGACUGUGGACAAGUAAGAUGGGCGCCGUUUUUAUAGAAUAAUGAUGGCCGCGGCGGCGGCGUGUGUAUAUUGUUCCGGCGUGCGAUGACAGAGAUGCAAGAGGGUAGGAACUUGGAAGGCAAGGCAAGCUGUUUGCUCGCUUGCUGUUGUGCUGCUCUUCCUCUUUCUCCUGUUCAGCAUCUAUUUUUCAGAUGUGGGGAACUGUUCGGAUGAUGAUCGAUAGUUAUAAUAGUGAUAUUUUUGUUGCUGCUUGUUGGUUA